GACGGUGGUGAACAAUCUGCUUGAAUGUUCCGGAACAACUGAAAGAACGGAGGUGGUGGACGAGGACGAGGAAGGACGGAAGGAAACACAAUCACCGUACUAGUCACCAACAUAAUCCUUCAUCGCCAGCAGUGAAAAAUAGGCCUCAGGUUGGGUACUCCGGUAAGUAGUAAUUAGGUGGUAAAUGGAGAAGCAAGGAUCGAGUUCGCGGGAAUUGCAAUGCGUGGGGAGACUGGAAAUAUCGAAGCCUAAGCCGGUGGGAUUUCUCUGCGGAUCCAUACCCGUGACGGCGGAUGAAGCAUUUAAGGAUUUCUCUUCGGCUGCUAUGGUUCCCUCUCCUCAUACGGUCAGUGCUCCAAGGUAUCAGAUGAUUCCCAACCAAACGGAUCUGAAUGCACUUCCUUUACUCUCGAGUAUUCCAGAGAAAGUGCUACCACUGGCAGCUGCACAGUCGGGGACAAGUGAAGAUUUACAAUGGCAAGAUGGCCCAGUAUCAGCUAAUCUUGCAAGGAAAGGAGAAGCACUUGCUGUCUCUGGUAUAGCUAAUUAUGGAGAUGAGCUAGAUGUAAUUGCCCCAGCUGAUAUUUUAAAGCAAAUAUUUAAGAUACCAUACUCCAAGGCUCGAGUAUCAGUUGCAGUUCAUCGUGUUGGGCAGACUUUAAUACUGAAUAGUGGGCCUGAUAUUGAAGAGGGAGAAAAUCUCAUUCGAAGACAAAAACGGCAGCCGAAAUGUGUAGAUCAAUCCUUGUUUUUGAAUUUCGCUAUGCAUUCAGUAAGAAUGGAGGCUUGUGAUUGCCCACCUAGUCACAAUACUUCAUCAAAUGGCCAGUUUGAAUCAUCAAUUUAUCGCAAUGAAUGCAUGCCAAAUGAAGGACCGUUUGAAACCUCCGACCAAGCAACAAAGGGGAAUGCAUGCUAUAGGAAUCAUGAAGGCAUUGCUCAAGGGAAGGAGUAUAUCCAUCAGCAAGAGUUCCCACAAUCUGUGAAUGAAAAUUUGUUCUGGGGGAAGAAAAAGAAUAAGAGACACAAAAGUCAUGGAACCAUUGAGAAGGUCUCAAAUGUGAAAGAAAAACCAGAGUGCCCAGUGCAAGAGUCUGAAAAACGCAGAAACACCGGUGAUGAUGGUUUCUUAAGGGUGUUAUUUUGGCAGUUCCAUAAUUUUCGAAUGCUUCUAGGCAGUGACUUACUGAUCUUUAGCAAUGAAAAGUAUGUUGCUGUGAGUUUGCACUUGUGGGAUGUCUCGCGGAAGGUCACUCCAUUGACUUGGCUUGAAGCUUGGCUGGACAAUUUUAUGGCCAGUGUUCCCGAAUUGGCAAUAUGCUAUCAUCAAGAUGGUGUGGUUCAAGGAUAUGAGCUUCUAAAAACUGAUGACAUUUUUCUAUUGAAAGGUGUUUCUGAUGAUGGAACUCCUGCCUUUCACCCACAUAUUGUCCAACAAAAUGGCCUUUCUGUCUUGAGAUUCCUUCAGGAUAACUGCAAGCAAGAUCCUGGAGCUUAUUGGCUUUAUAAAAGUGCUGGUGAAGAUGUUAUCCAACUGUUUGAUCUUUCCGUUAUUCCUAAAGGCCAUACGGCUGAUAGUUAUCAUGAUAGUUCUAGCUCUUUGCCAUCUUUGAUUUACAGAGGUAGAAAUGAUUCAAUACUCUCCCUGGGUACUCUGCUUUACCGUGUUGCCCACAGGCUUUCACUUGCGAUGUCUCCAGAUAAGAGGGUGAAGUGCACAGGGUUUUUCCAGAAAUGUCUAGGUUUACUGGAUGAGCCAGAUCAUCUGGUUGUCCGGGCACUGGCUCACGAACAAUUUGCAAGGCUCCUCCUAACAUAUGAUGAAGAGAUGGAGUUAGCAUCUGCAGUGAUUCCAGUGGAGUCUGAAGUUACAAUUUCUAAUGCUGAAGAAGAAUACUUAGAAUUUGUAGGUGGGUUGUCAGCAUCAUAUACUCAAGAUAUUGGCCAUGCUCCUAUAAUUGCACAACAGCAACUUGAAGAAGCAGAGCAUGGGAAAGAUUUUGAAGAAGAGUCUGCUGAAAUUUUAACUUGCCAGAAGAUUUCUUCACCCACAAUACGGGGAGGAUCAUUGGUUGCAAAUGAGAAUCUGUUUAUUGUUGGUGACAAAAACACUUCUGUCUCCAAUUCUCCAGUAAAUUCAGAUGAUGUGGUCCAGAAUGCUGCAGGCAUAGUAUCCUCUAAGCUCGCUGCAAUACAGCAUGUAUCUCAAGCCAUCAAGUCUCUGAGAUGGACUCGAAAACUUAGGAUUUCUAGACCAGAGCUAAACCUUGAAUCUGAAAAUGUUGAUGAUCUGCAUUCUUCAGUGGAUUAUUCUUUAUGUGCCUGUGGAGACCCUGACUGUAUUGAAGUUUGUGACAUUAGGGAGUGGUUGCCAACAUCUAAAAUAGAUGACAGACUCUGGAAACUUGUUUUAUUGCUUGGUGAGGCUUAUUUAGCCCUUGGCCAAGCAUACAAGAAUGAUGGCCAACUGUAUCAAGCCCUGAAGGUUGUAGAAUUAUCUUGUUUGGUCUAUGGAUCAAUGCCUCAAGACAUGAGAUUCAUCUCUUCAAUGGUUAGCAGCGCAUUAUCAAAGCCGGAGAGUGAUGGUAGAGGCCAAAGUGCACCUGCCAAUAGUGGUGAUAGUUUUACUACUGAUGGGUUGUCUUCUAAUUACCUCUUCUGGGCCAGGGCUUGGACACUGGUAGGAGAUGUGUUUGUUGAGUUCUACCUAAUGAAAGGUCAAGAGGUCUCCAUGAAACAAGAGAAGCAGCAGCAUGCCAAGGAUUUAAAAAUGUCAUCUGAAGUGUUGAAGGAGGUUGAAAGGCUGAAGAAGAAGAUGGAAAGGUUUAAUCAGAAUUGCAGUUCCUGUUCUCUAAUAAAUUGCAGCUGUCGGAGUGACAGGGCCAGCAGUGGAAACAGUGCUAGUAGCAGUGCCAGGGAUUCGUCCAUGUCCAGUUACACUAGAAAGCAGAAUCGAAAAUCAUCUGGCAAGAACAAUCUGUAUGCACGUCCGGGAGUCCAUGAAGAUGAUGUUUCCCAGAAAUCUGACCUCAGAAAUCUUUCUGGAGCUGAAUACACAAAGCAUUUCAGGAGUGAUUUGGGUAAUGAAACUUAUAUUUCGGAUGCAAUGCAGGAUAUUGACUUGACAGGCGGAAGCCUUGGAAAAGCUGAUGAUCAUAAUGAGACAGAUGAUUCUGGCCCCGGGGAAAAUGCUCCUUCUGAAAGUACUUCAAAGGGAACAACUGCAGGGAAAAUUGGUGGUAUAUUCAGAUACUUAAGGAGUACUGUAUCUGGAGAUGCAGAUUAUACCCUUUCAACUUCCUUGAGCUGCUACGAAGAAGCUAGAAAAGCAAUAGCUGGGCUUCCUGCUAGUGCUGAAGAACCACAAGCCAUACUUAAAAAGAAAGGAUGGGUGUGUAAUGAGUUAGGACGAUAUAGACUGGAAAUGAAGGAUUUGGCCAAAGCUGAAACUGCCUUUGCUGAAGCAAUAGAUGCAUUUAGACAAGUGGAGGAUCAUACAAAUGUCAUUUUGAUCAACUGUAAUUUGGGCCAUGGACGACGUGCAUUAGCAGAAGAAAUGGUAUCAAAGAUUGCAAGCCUCAAAAGACAUUCCCUAUUCCAAAAUGCAUAUUUGCAGGCACUUGAGAUGGCAAAACUGCAAUACAGGGAAGCGUUGAGGUUCUAUGGUGCAGCAAAAACUGAACUAAUUACUCUUUCUGAAAAAGCAGUUUCUGUAUCCUGCAGUUUGAAGAAUGAAGUCAACACACAGUUUGCGCAUACAUAUCUGAAACUUGGCAUGCUAUUAGCAAGGGAAAAUACAGUUGCCGAGGUUUAUGAAAAUGGUUUCCUGGUGGACCACCCAAUUUCUAUGCCAAAUCAAAUGCGGGUUGAAUCUAGGAAGCAUGAAAUAUCAGCAAAUGAUGCAAUUCGGGAGGCAUUGGCAGUUUACGAGUCACUGGGUGAGUCCCGCAAGCAGGAAGCUGCAUACGCUCACUUUCAACUUGCUUGCUACCAACGGGAAUGCUGCUUGAGAUUUUUGGAGUCUGAUAAAGAGAAUAACAAGUUGGGUAAAGGUGAGAGCAGCCUGGGCCAGAAGAUAAAGCAGUAUACUGCCCUAGCUGAGAGGAACUGGCAAAAGUCCAUUGAUUUCUAUGGGCCGAAAACACACCCCGUGAUGUACCUGACUAUUCUUAUUGAUAGAUCGGCUUUGUUGCUUACCCUUUCAAGUUACCUUCACUCUUAUACGCUCCUUGAAUCUGCCCUAACCCAGUUGCUCGAAGGGCGCCAUGUCUCUGAAAAUUGUUCUCUGAGUGAAGAAAAUCCUGAGCUUUGUGCCAAAUUUUGGAGUCAGCUGCAAAUGCUGUUGAAGAAUAUGCUAGCCAUGACACGCUCCACAAAAGCCAACAAGCACCCUCUCAACCCGCACCCAUCACCUAUGAGUAAAUAUGCUGAUGCUAAGAAAUUGGCCGAGCUCUACAAGAUCUCUUUGAAAUUAGCUGAUUUCAAAGAGUUGCAGAGGAUGCACAGCUUGUGGACAGAAUAACAAGACAUACUUUUUGUGCUGCUUGCAAGUUGUAUACUGGUGGAUUAUCUUUAUGGAUUCUUGAAGAACAUACAAUUUCAAAUGUGCUGUACAACAUGUUUGCAUAGAGGCAUAGACCAGGUUGAUUCUAUGGAAGAAGCAUUUUUUUUUGGUUGCAUUUGUAGCUGUUGUUUGCGGACGAGGGUGAUCCUGAAGAAUACACACUUCAUUUAGAGCUGUUACUCAUGAUGAGUAUUUGAUGCUCCUUGCCUUGCAUUUGUUACUGUAAAACUUUAUGUGGUGGGUGAUCAGUAUUAAUUUGAUGUUAGAAUUCUUAUUCUGGACCUAAUGAAGUCUGUUCA